AUGCUAGAUACAUGCUUGGCGUGCUUCUUCCUCUUCCGCACAAAGGUCGGCGACGGACACACGGCGAGCAGCGAGAGCAAGACGGCCGGCGGAGCGGAGCGGCGGCGGCACUUCGCUACCGAGCUCAGGAGGAUCUUGGAGAGCGGGGGCGAUGCAGCCGUGCCGCCCAAGGGGGGUAGGACCAGCUUGCUAGAGGUGGCCGCGGGGGCGGUGGGGGGGUUGUCGAGGGCCUGCAGCGGAGAGAUGCAGGUGUUGGAGCGAGAGUUCGCGAAGCCGGCUAUGGAACUGAUCAAGGUGACCGGCCCCAAGGGCGAGAAUCAGAGGUACGCCGGCGCCCUGGUGCUCCGGGAGCUGGCGGAGAACGCUCCGGCCGUCGUGUACGACAGGCGGGGGGCCUUCUUUGAGACCAUCUGGCUGGUAGUGAACGACCUCACGGUGAGAGGGGGAGGGGAGAGCACACCCAAGCACUCCCGACUCGUGCUGGACAAGAUCGAGGAAGGCUUCGAGCAAGGCACGGCCGAACGAGUCCACGGCAGCCUCCUCGUCAUCCGGCAGCUCCUGCGACACCCGGGGCCCUGGAUGGCGCACCGUCACCAGCGCCGCCGUCGACGCCGACGGGGAAGCACGGAAGACAACAACCCGGGACCCUACUACGGCGGUGGCGGCAGCGGCGGCGCGACUUCGGGCACGGCGACUCCGUUCGGAGGGGGCGCGACGACGCCCUUCGGAGGAGGAGGAGGAGGAGGAGCGGCCACCCCUGUCGCGAGCAACAAUAGCAGCGGCGUGCGGCUGGCGCCGCAGAUGCUCCCCCCCCCCGCGCGGGGCACCGGUGGCGGUGGCGGCGGCGGCGGCAGCGGCAGCGGCGGCGAUCUGUCGAAGAUGUUCGCCGGUGCCGCCACCCCCGUGGGCGCGCCAAGCACCGCCGGGAGCGGCGGCGGCGGCGGCGGCGGCGGCGGCGGCGGCGGUAACGCUGCCGGUGGUGGGCCAUCCACGGCACAGUCGCAGAAAGGCCGCGGCGCUUUCUUCCCCGAAGGCGCCGGUAGCGUAGCGGUGACAGCGGCAGCGAGGGGCGUGGUGCCCCCGCCCCCGUCCCCCCACCACCACAACUACCAGGUGCUGGGGAUGCUGGGAGGGGGGGCGGCGGGGGCGGCGGCGGCGGCGGCAGCGGCGGCGAUGGCGGAGGCCGAACAGGAGGCGGAGUAUCGGCUUCUCUGCGAGAGGGUGCUGGCCCGCAGGGACCAUAAGGAGGUCGCCGUGAGGAGGACGGUGAUGGCGCUGCUGCCGGAGCUGGUGGCGUUCUUUCCGGGGGGGGCGGGGGAGUUCGUGGAGCCAGCCGUGUGGUUCCUCAUCCACACGCUCCGGCAGGGCCAGCGAAGCGAUCGGGGCUUGGCCUACCUGUCGCUGGCGAGGCUCGGGCUGGCCGCGGGCACCGGGGUUUGGCGCGGAGCCCCUUCUCUGUGGCACAGCGUUCGGGAGGUGGUGAAGGAAGGGUUGGCGGAGGAUCGGCGGGACUUCUGCCCUCAGUCUCUGGCCUGUCUCGAGAUGAUCGUCAUUAUUGGAUCAGCGUCCGCAGCCACCGACGCCGCCGCGGCAGCGCAACUAGGAGGCGAAGGAGCAGGAGCAGCAGCAGCAGCAGCAGCGGCGGCGGGGGGGCGAAUCUCUCCAACCCCACACCUCCUGUCGGCCCCUACCUCCCCACGCCCAAUGACGGGCAACAAGUCUAGCCCGUCCACCUCCUCGGAGACGGGCCUUCUCCUUCCGCAAGACACGUCGGUGGUUGUUGGCGUCGUGAUGGACUCCGAGGGAGAGGUGGUGCCAUCGAACGUUGGGGGUGACGAUCGGAGUACUCAGGAGGCGGCGGCAGGUUCCGUCGUUGUAGCCGGGGAGAUUCCGCAGGCUACGGCCGGCGGGACGGCGGCGGCGGCGGCGGCGGCAGAACCGCCACCGCUGGCUUCUGCGCGAGCAGCGGUAACGACGGACGCGCGUUCUCAAGAGCAACAGGAGGAGAUGCCCGGGCUAGCAGCAGCCUCUGUUGACGCUUCAGGCCCGCCGCCGCCCCCGUGGAAGACCUACACGGUCAAGGGAGGAGACUCCAUCCUGUCCAUCUGCGAGGCCCAGGGCAUAAGCGUGGAGGAACUAAAGGCGUGGAAUGGGCUCACAACGGACCUGAUCUAUCCCGGGCGGGUGCUGGUCAUGACGCCCACGGCUCCGACAGAAGACGGGGCGGCAGCGGCGACGGCGGAGCCCUCGUACCCCACGGAAGAGCAGCCUCCGUCAUCGACGACGACGACUCCGACAUCCUCCUCCUCACCUCCGCAGGCGGCGAGGGGCGCCGCGGGAGCCGCGCGCCCCGUAGCCGGCGUUGGCGGUGGCGGUGGCGGCUGCGGCGGGAAAAAGGCGACCCUGUUGGAUGAGGAUACCCACGAGCUGGUGGACAGGGUGUUCUUUGGCGGCCUUAGCUACGCGCUCGUGCAGACGCUCACCGUCAUCGCCGAGCGGGCCCCGGCUUUGCAGCCGGAGGUUCAGGCCCGACUCAUGAAAAUGGUCGGGGACGUUCUCGAAAACUUCAUGCCAAGACCCUGGGGGUUCGCUGGCAGCGGCGUUUCUACCGCUGGGGGGGGGCUCGGCGCCGGCGGCGUCGGCAGCCCUCCCGUUGACGGUGUCGUCGGGGGCUUGGAGGGCCUGUCUCUGGUGCGCGAGUCGCCGCAGUUGCCCGGCAAGCGCGGCGGCGGCGGCGGCUCUGGGGGCGGCGGCUUCGGUGGCGGUGGUGGGGCUGGGGUGUUGUCGUGGUCCGCGGAGGGAGGGAGGCAUCUCGAGGCUUGGAGGAGCGUCCUUUUCCCAUCUCCCGGAACGAGAGCCGCCGCCGCGUCGGUGGUGGCAACAACAACCAUCCAACCCUACCCCGACCGCGCUCUCGGCGACGGCAUUCCCGUCACCGCAACCGCAACCGCAACCGCAACCGGAGCCGACGACCCUUCCCUCACGCCAGAAGACACCUUCUACGGCGGCAGCGGCGACGGCGGCGGUCACCCCGACUCUUCGGACAUCUCUACCGUGUUGUGGUCGCCUUCCGCCGGAGCGGGCGGCGGCAUCGGCGACAUCGGCGGCGGCAUGGGUGCAGGUCAGCGGGUACGAACCGGAGGCGGCACCGACUUAUUUGUCGGAGAGACGAGGGGGGCGGCGCAGGCGAGGCUUGCCGAGCAGCCCGGGGUAUUCUGGGAGCUGUACGGGAGCGCCGAGGAGGGAGAAGGGGCCACGACCGGGAACGUCGUGCUGGCCCUCGAGGUCCUGGGGUCGUUCGACUUCUACUCGAUACCCGCGAACGGCGGCGCGCGCGGGGUCGGGGGUGUGGGGGUCUCCGGCGAGGUGUCCCUUGACUACCGGCAGGAGAUGCUGGAGCGGGCCCUGCGUCUCCUGCACCACCACGCCCUCCGGUGUCUCGACGACGCCGACGAGAGGGUGCGCAUGGCGGCGUGCUCGGCGUGCUGCCGGCUCCUCGCGAGGGCCGCACUCGACGCCCGACCUGCCUACCUUAGCGGUGGCGGCGGCGGCGGCGGGACUGCAGGAGAGGGAGGAGGAAGCGGACCAAAAACUUCCGCCCCGGCCCCGACCACCGCCGCCGGCGGUGGAACCACGGCCGCCCUCGCCGGAGGCGGUACACCCCGGGCGCCCUCCCCGGCGUUCGAUCAGAACCCCGCUACCGCGACCACCCCAAGGGACUCCGGUCUUGUGGGCGGGGGAGGGUUGAUGAUGUCGGCGUUUGAAGGAGGCGGCAGUUUUGGCCCUUCCCUGCUGGAUGGUGGGGGGAUCGCGGCCUGGGCUGGGGUGGGGUCCGUGUUGGGGGAGUACGGGGGCGGAGGCGGGGGCGCGGCGGCGUGGAUGAGGCGGGCGUGCGUGGAGGUGCUGGAGCGGUUGCUGACGGUGGGGCUCCAGGACGAGGCGGUUGCCGUGAGGCAGGAGAUCGUUAAGGGUCUAGAGAUGAAUCACCCCCUGGACCCCCUCGUGGCGCUGGCGGGCAACAUCCAGUGCCUCUUCCAGUCGGUCAACGACGAGAACUUGGACGUCAGGCGGAGCGCCGCGCGCGUCAUCGGCAGGGCCUCGCGGCAGCAGUCCACCAUGGUGAUGCCCUUCGUGAGGGUGGCCCUCGUGCAGCUCGGGAGGCACCUGGACGUGUCGCAGGACCCGUUGGUGAAGCGGGAGCGCAUCCUUAUCCUUACGGACCUGCUCACCUCUGCGGGGUCCCUGGUCCGGCCGUACGUGUCGAGCAUCAUGCCGCAGCUGCUGCUGGAGCUCGUGGGGUCCUCGGGGCGCCUGGGCGGGGUCGGGGGCAGCCACAGGCUUUCCUACCUGCAGCAUCGUCCUCGAGGAAGUGGUGGUGGAAAGGUGGGAAGCGGAGGAGGGGUUUCGGGUGCCGGAGGCGGGGGGAAAAAGGCCGGGGAAGCGGGGCUCAUGUCGGCUGUGCUGACCGCCGUUCUCAGGGCGAUGGGCGUCCUGUCCGUGGUGAGCCCUCGGGACGUGCUUCCCGUCCUGGAUGGCGUUCUGCUGCCGGCCAUUGUCGAGGCUCUCCGGGACCACGCCAGCAUAGUGAAGCAGGAGGCAGCCGUCAAGACUCUGGGACAGGUCGUGGGGGCCACCGGCGCUGUCGUGGCCCCGUACUUCAGCGACCCGAACCUGCUCCAGACCAUGCUGGCGGCCCUGCAGAGGGGAGGGAGGUCCACAGAGAGGCUGAGGCUCGAGGUCCUCAAGACGGUGGGGAUUUUAGGCGUGCUCGACCCGGUCAAGCUUCGGAUCUACCGCCUUAAGCGCGCCUCCGACCCCUCGAGCGCCGACAGGAGAGCGGGGCUCAGCAGGCUGAAGAACGCGGGAGGGGCAGGAGACGGGGAAAGAGCAGGAGGGGGAGGGGGAGAUGGCCUCGGCAGCACUCCUGACAGCGCUCCUGACAGCGCUCCUGACAGGCCGUUCGGCGAGGCGGGGCUUCUGCUGUCUCCGACGUGGAAGGGAGGCGUCCGGUCCGGCUUCGAUUCAGGCGCGAACGUGGGCGAGGGCGUCCGGGAGCCCAUGCCGGACCUGCCGCCGCCGGGAAUACCGUUAGGGCAGGAGCAACCGUCGCCCCAGCAGCCAUCGCAGCAGCAGCAGCAGCCGGUGGUGCCGGCGGUGCCGGCCGUGGUGCCGCCGCCAUCCCUGCCUCCCGUUUUGCCGCGUACUUCUGUCGGGAGCGACACCGAUGUUGGCGGCGGCGGCGGUAGGGGGGGAAGCGCACGGGUUUUGCUGCGGAGAGCGGAGGAGAGCGGUGGCGGCGGCGGCGGCGGUGGCAGCGGCGGCGGCGGCGGCGGAGCUGGGGUAGCAAUCUUAAUUCCGAGCGGCGAUAACGGUGACGAAGAGGAAGGCAAGAAGACAAAGGAUGCUAAGACGGAAGGUGCCGCUGCUUCUGCUGCUUCUGCUGGUGCUGCUCCUCCGCCUUCCGCUGCCGUUGCCGGCGGCGGUACGGGAGUCGACGGUGCUGCAGACACCGAGGCGGCCAGCAGCGGUGGACAAGACUCGUUUGACGCCUUUGCCCAGCAGCAGACGGCAACGGCGCCGGCCCGGAAACGCGAGCAGCAGGUCGACGACGGUGUUGCGCCCACGGCGAGCUCAUCGUCAUCCACCAGCAUGGCGGUGGCGACGGCCAUGGUUGCCAAAGCAGCCACGGUGGCACGGAACCAACGGUCACCGUCGCCGCCGCCGCCGCCGCCGCCGCCGCCGUCGUCGUCGGGGGUAGUAGGCUCCCGUUCAGAAGGCCAGGUCUUGCAGCAGCAGCAGACCUCGAUAACCGCGGACACCGCUGCCGCCGCCGCCGCCGCCUCCACCACCAGCCUCCAACAACCAGGAGGGCUACGUGCUGACGCCACCGGCGCGACGAUCGCGGGCGGGUUUGAAGCCGGCACCGGCGCCGACUUGUGGUGGGACGACGAGGGUUGGCACGGUUUCGGGAGCGGGGUCUCCGCCGGCCACAUCAGCGGCUACGACCUCGAGAACGGGGGCGACGACAAUACCUUCGGGUGGCGGGUCGGGGGCGGCGACGGCGGCGCCGCGGGGAAGGCCGCGCAGAGCUACAUCCAGUGGGGCGCGGAGGGGGGCGUGUGGUUCGGCGACGGCGGCGGCCGCGAGGGCGGCAAUGAGGAGGAGGAGGGAGGCGGAGGAGGGCAAGGGCAGUGGGGGGGGCGGCAGCGGGGGGUGGGGGGGUUUAGGGCUCCCGCUAGGUGGUCCGGGGUGUCCGAGGCAGGGGCUGGCAUUAUGCUGCCCGCGGAUGCCCUGGGGACCGGCCUUGAGGAGCACCUGCCGUUCAUGGUGACGCACACGAUGGUUAAGGUCUUGCGGGACCCGCUAUUGAGCGCGCAUUACCAGGUGGGGGGGGGGGGGGGGU